AUGGCGUCACCGGCACCUCCCACCACAAAACCUACUGCUGUUGCCAAUGCAGGAAGCACUGCUACGAGUGGCACUAGUUCACCUGUAAUCCCGUCAUUACGUCGUCGACGGCUGUUUUUCUCGCACCUAUUUCAGUAUAUCACCGUUGCAUAUCAAUACCUAUGUGCCAUGUUCAAUCUGACCAUCCGAAGGAGGUGCAUUGAGCAACAACAACAACAACAGCAAUCCUCGCCAACCAAACGUACAGCAACGGCAGCAACGGCAGCAGCAACCGUUGCCACGGAUAGGAAAGCGACACCAGCUACUGUAUCAGCAGCAUUACAAUACUACAAGGGAAAGACGCUAAUACUUGACCUCGAUGAAACGUUGGUGCACUCGGUUCGACUUGGAUCCUAUGCAGCUACAAGGCAACAAAAAGUGAGCGCGUCUAUCAAGAGGAAAAAGAUUGAAGUUCGAGAUGAUAAGCAAAGCUUGCUCUAUGAAGUCUAUAAGCGGCCGCAUGUCGAUUUUUUCUUGAAAACGAUAAGUCAAUGGUACAAAGUCGUCAUCUUUACAGCAUCUAUGGCAGAGUAUGCAGAUCCGGUGAUUGACUGGCUGGACCAGGAUCAAAGCCUUGUUUCUCAACGCUACUUUCGACAGUCAUGUGUGGUGCGGAACGGAAACUUUGUCAAGGAUAUCUCCCUCGCUGAACCUGACUUGGGUAAAGUGUGUUUGGUAGAUAACAGCAGCGCGGCAUUUGAGCUGUUUCAAGAAAAUGGCAUUCCUAUUCCAGGCUGGAUUUCCAACCCCAACGAUCAAUGUCUUUUGGAUUUGUUACCGUUACUCGACGCGUUACGCUUUACAGCCGAUGUCAGGAGUAUUUUACGGCUUCGACUUAUGGGUGUAUCUUAA